AACGGACGACAGAGAUGGAGUACAGAUCCUCCUCCGUUAGUGUGGAGAUUCCAAUCUGGGUAGACAGGGACAAGAAAUGGCUGACUGGUCUCACGAAGAGGACGACAUGUGACGAUAUUAUUUAUGCGCUUCUUUCAACGGAACGAAAAGAAGAGCUUGACUACGCACACACGUAUGCCAUCUACGAGAGAUGGCGAGAUGUAGAGCGCCCCCUACAAGGAAGGACUAAAAUACUCCGCGUGUGGAAAGCUUGGGGAACAGAGCAGAAAAAUGUCAGACUUCAACUUCAGAAAUUCGAAGAUCUUCAUUAUUCAGUGGAAUGGGUGAAAACGAAAAGGCGACAUUUACGUCGCUCGAGAAGUCGUUCUUCGUCUAGCCGCGGCUCACAGUGCAAGUGUCCUCACUGUGCCGUCAAAGAGAGGAGUAAUUUACACAAACCCCGCUCUGUAGAGUCGCUGGUGGAGACUGUGAUGUCUCAGGAGGAACAGAUACAGUCGUUGUACCAGAGGAUACAGGAUACAGACCGACUGAUUGAGUCGUGCGAGGCUCGCGUGCAUCACCACAGAGUGAAGCAUAACGGUCAGAACUAUGUGCAAGACGCGUAUCUGAGAGCCUGCGACGACAGUACAGAGGAUUUUGCCGCGGGGAUGGACCACGUGGAUCUGGAAAACUACCUCAAAGUCUGUGACAGUAUUAUUGAACUGGAGGACAGGAUUCACGAGGAGAAGGAAAAAAUUCAAAACCUGUCUGUCACUUUGAAACAAGAAAUGUGCAACCGUUCGGAGCUUUGUUCAGAUCACACCGACCAUAAGCACGGUAACGACAGGUGGAAAGACCCUUAUUCCAGGAAUUACAAUUAUACAGAGGGUCGUAUUAACUCUGGAUGGAUUAACAGUGACUCGAGGAGAUUACAGGUGGAAAUUAACCGGUCAACAGCUCUAAACUUAGAACAGGGCAUCCAGCUAGAAAAUCUCAACAAGGACCUUCGCUGUUGCAACCAGGAAUGGCAACAAAAGAAGGCUUUACUAGACUCCUUAAUAGCUGACCUGGAAACAGUGCAAGCCACUUCACAUUCCGGGGAUAGGGACGUGAGCCAUGGAAUGAAGACUAACGGCUGGGGGUACAGGGACGUCAACAAAAACAACACCCUAACCGUUUUAAGUCCCGAUCAGAAACAUUACAGUAAUAUGUCAUCGGUGCCACAGAAAAAUCGGCCGCCGCAAACCUACCUGUAUAAUAGCUGCCGACACGAAAAUAUACAGCGGCUAAAACAGAAUGACCUUGCUUCUAGAGAAUACCUUAUAUGGACCCAACACGAUGACAAUGACUCGGAUACGGGACUUAGCUCGAUGCAUAGCGAUGAGUCUCCAACGGCGCUAGAGACAUUAGUGUGAAAUACUAUGAUAUUAAUGAUUGCGCAUGUCAGAAAUUACUGCGCGUUGUUGUCCUUCUUGACGUAUAUGUUGAUGGUGCUUCAGAUUGAUUACUUCAUCAGUUUAUUGACUAUAUAAACUGCAAAUUCAGAUUACGUGCUGCCCCACUAAAAACCAUGCUGCAUGAUAUGAUAUAAUUUUGAUUUUCGCUUAGCUGUCUCCACUUUCUUAAUUUCAUGCUGAUAUGUGCAGUAUAUUAGCUUCACUGAGUCUAUAGAGAUCUCAGGUGAUAAUACUCAGCCUGGGGGCGAGACAAUUGGCCAGAUUAAUACUCGUGCUGGGUCGAACAAUCAAGUGUCAUUUGUUAGCAGCUAAAUUCCACCCUAGGAUAUUGGAAUAAAUCUCUUUAACUGA